AGGUAGGCUAUAGUAAUGCUUAGUCAGCAGAGCGCGAUCGUCAGUGCCGCGAGCGCCAUGUCGCCGCGCGACGCAAGCGCACCACGUCCAGCGUCCGCGCAGCCACGGUCGAGUAAUGCGAGCGCGGGCGCCGACCCGCCCGUCGAGUCGGCGCUGGAGCGUGCGCUGGACUCGCUGGGCGCGUUCGGGCUGUACCAGCGCUACGCCGUCACGCUGUGGUCGCUGUCCGGCGUGCUGGCAGCUAUGUACUCGCUGAACUACGUGUUCGUGGCGGACGCCGUGCCCUUCCGCUGCCUGGUCCCAGAAUGCGAGAGCGACGGCCUGUCAGAACUAGCACCGGAGCUGCUCCCUUUAGACUCCUGCGUUCGCUACCGCCCCCUCAACGAGACCGUCUCCUCUUGUCUCCGCGAGGACUACCAUGAGACUGACACGGUCGCCUGCACAGCUUUUGUCUAUGAUAACCAGGACACGACCUUCGCUGAGUUCGACCUGGCGUGCCGCGAAUGGAUGCGCACGCUGGUGGGCUCGGUGCGCAACUCCGCACUACCCGUCGCGCUGCUGCUGACCGGCUACCUGUCCGACUCAUACGGGCGUCGCACGGCUUUCUGCGUGUUCGGCGCAUGCGCCGGCGUGCUGGGUCUGGUGAAGGCCUUCUCCUACAACUACGUCAUGUACGUCGUCAUGGAGUGGUUCGAGGCGGCCCUAGGCUACGGGUUCAACUCUGCCGCCUACGUCAUGGUGGUGGAGUUGGCCCGUCCGUCGCUCCGCACGGCAUUCGCGGCGGCCACGGGCGUGGCGUACGGCGUGGGCGGCGUGCUGCUGGCGCUGGCGUCGCGGCGCGUGGCGUACUGGCGCCACCUGCUGCUCGCCAUCCACGCGCCGGCGCUGUUGCUGCCGCUCUACUGGCUGCUGGGGGACGAGAGCGCAAGGUGGCUGCAUGCGAGAGGACACCGGGAUCGGGCGGAAGCGGUUAUACGGAAGGCAGCCAGGUGGAACAAGGUAACUCUGGACGAGGACCUUAUGACCGAGGUGGCCAAAGAGAACAUCACAGAAGAGAAGAAGCCAGGAGGAAACCCGUGGCUGGCGCUGCUGCGGUCCCGCGUUCUGCUCGUCCGCUUCGGCGUCUGCUGCUGGUGCUGGAUCGCUACUGCCUUCGUGUACUACGGUCUUACCAUCAACUCCGUGAACCUAGCCGGGGAUAAGCACGUGAACUUCGCGCUGAACAUGGCGAUGGAGAUCGUGGCCUCAUUGUUCCUGGUGAUGGUGCUGGAGCGCUUCGGCCGCAAGUGGAGUAUAUUCGUCGCUUUCCUCGUGUGCGGAGUAGUCUGCGUGACACCCUUCUUCAUUUCUCACGCAGGCACCGGCCUGGGACUGUUCAUGGUGGGCAAGCUGACGAUCUCGUUUGCGUUCAACGCGCUGUACAUGUUCACGGCCGAGCUGUUCCCGACUGCGACGCGAUCCUCGGCGUUGGCUGCGUGUUCCCUGGUGGGCAGACUAGGCUCCGUGCUCGCGCCACAGACGCCCCUACUGAGCAAGUACGUCCAAGCGCUCCUCUACGGCGUGAGCUCUUUGCUGGCGGCGCUGGCAAUGCUGGCGACGCCGGAGACGCGGCGCGCGCGCCUGCCCGCCGCGGUGGCGGCCGCCGAGCGCCUGCGCGCGCCGCCGCCCGCGCCCCCCAUGCCCCCGCCCCCGCCGCCGCCGCCCCGCGUGCUCACCGCCGACACGUGACGCCGUGUAAAAGUAUACAUUAUCCACUGUAUCCAGUGAGUAUACGAGCAAACGGUUACCUUUUGUACAAAGUAUACCCAUUUACCAUUGCUUUAGCAAUAUUCAUUUCUAAUAGUCGUCGGUGCAGCUCAUGAAAUACGGCGUAUCGUGAACAAAAGUGAGGAUUUCAGAUGUGGAGUCACCAAGAUUUUUGAUGUAAAUUUUUAGGGGGAUGGGGGCUAUCUUUAUCUAAAUAUCUAUAUCAUUUAAGCAACUAGACCAUGUUUUCGUAUAAAUUGGGAAUGCAAAAUUCAUUUAUGGUAUUAAUAUUUACAAGAUUUUAAAGCAAAAACCUAUAAAAUAUAUAAAAAAACGUAUAUUCCUCUUUACGCUUAAAUUAGACGUCGCCGACGCUGAAUUACCUCCCAUCUGCAUCAAAAUCUGGGUGGCUCCACUUCUUAAAUAUGAGUACAUCUUAGGAACACAAAGAUGCCAAAGGAUAUCUUUUGCUCAGACAACACCGUAUUUGAACUUUUUAUACUUUCUGCAAUCACCACUAUAAACUAAUAUGUACUUUACUUCAUUCUUAGUAUGGCAAAUGCUGUGAUAAAUGUAAUCAUUAUUAAAUUAACAUACAAUGUACUUAGUAUAUAAGUAGUAUUCACCUAGAAUUAGUAUCCAGGUUUGCUUGAUUGUUAACUAAAUUUACUAAAAGCAUGAUUUUGAUAUUCAGGUUUUCUUUGCUCAAGUAAAAUAAAACAAAACAAAAAAAAUAGUAGUAACUCUUUAUUGCAAGUCUGCCUAUCCUUUAUUCCAAUUCUUUAAUCAGGUUUUGUUGUAAAUAGUUAUUUUAAAAUAAAAAUAUUAUUUAUUCCUAGGCAAUAAAAAUCAUAACAAAAUA